CGCUGCUGCCGCUCCUCUUCCUCAACAACAUGCUCGGCUACGCAGACAGGACAAACCUCUCGGUGGCUGUCAUCGCGAUGAGCCGCGAGUUCGGCUGGGGCGAGGCGAGCACCGGCACGCUCCUCGCGUCAUUCUUCUGCGGAUAUGUCCUCACGCAGAUCCCGGCCGGCCUCGCCGCCGCUCGCUUUGGAGCCAAGCGAGUGCUGCUGGUCGGUACAGUAGUCUGGUCUGCGGCAACAGUUCUCACGCCGUGGGCCGCACGCCAGUCCAUCAACGCCGCCCUCGCGGCGCGCGUCGUCGUCGGCCUCGCCGAGGGCGUCCAGAUCCCGUGCUGCAACGCGCUCCUCGCUGCGUGGGUCCCUCCGCACGGCCGGGCGCGCGCCCUCUCCUUCAUCUUCAGCGGCCAGUUUGUGGGGACCAUCUGCGCCCUCUCCUGCUCGCCGCUGGCGGAGUGGUGGUGGCCCUCCAUCUUCCUGCUCUGGGGAUGGCUCGGCUUUGUCUGGUGCCUCGUCUUCGCCGCCCUCGCCCCGGCCUCAUCACCAGGCGCCUCCGCCGGAAAAGGCGCGGCAGGGGAGGAGCUGGGCCUCAUCUCUGCUGUUGACGGGUCGGGGAGCCCGCGCUGCAGCGCCUCUGCGCCGCGCUGCGCCCGCCCCGCCUUCCUCGCGCACCCCGCUUUCCUCGCCGUGUGCGCGGCGCAUUUCGCAAACAACUGGGGCGCGUACCUCCUCCUCUCCUGGCUGCCAAACACGCCGUACGCCGUCGCCAUCGUGGCGGACAACGUCGGCGGGUGGGUGGCGGACGAGGUGCUGCUCUCGCGCUGCCGGCUCAAGCUGCUGCACGCGCGCAAAAGCAUGCAGGCGGUGGCAAUGCUGAUGUGGGGCGUCGUCAACACGAUCGGAACCGUGCCCGGCAUCGCGGCCAACGUCGUCACCGGCCGCGUCCUCGCCGCCGCGCCAACGGCCGCCGCCGGCGCGUGGGUGCGCGUCUUCAGCACCGGAGCCGCGAUCUAUGUGUGCGGCCUCACAGCCUUCCUCGCCUUGGCGCAAGCGCUGCCACUCCCGACCAGCGGGGCGGAGAAGGCUGGCUCGUGCGGCGCCGGCGGCUUGCUCGGGCCAAAGCCCGCGAGGUGACGCGGCGCAUUGCGCUCUCACGAGAUGUUCCACGCGAGACGCGCGGCAUACCACAUGGAAGAGUUUUCCUAUAAUUGACCUACUUGAUGUA